AUGCGAAGAAUAAAGGACGUGAUAGGAGAGGAGGCAAAUGUAGACGUGGCAGGAGUCUGUGAUAGCGUGGUGGAAGAGGAGAGAAGCGAUGACGGGAAUACGGACUAUGGGAGGGGGGGUGGUUCAAUGGGUGAUGACGAGCAGGUCCCUAGAGUCGAGGCGCUCAUACAGACCUUAGAACACUUGACACCGGAUGAGGUCUGUUCUUUUCUCGACGAUCUGAUGGUCUCCCGGUCGAGUGAGGGAUUUGUCUGUCCAGAGGACUCGCCUGCAACAGGCUACGAUCUUGGCUUGGUGUGGCAAGAAACCGACGACGGGGGGGGCGACAUGGUGCAGAAAGCGUGCUGUGUUCGUCAAGGCGUUGAGCAACUGAAGCAGAAUGCCGAGAGAGCAGGCAAGAGUUCCCCAGAGAUGGAACACCUCGCGCAGUACAGCUUCUUCGUAAAGAAGGCAGUAGACCCGUGGUACGUGUGUGUGCUAGAAAAGCUUUCGCUGAUGCCCCAGAGAGAGUUCAAAUUGCUGUUUAAGAAAGCACUAGAGGACGAGGAAGACCCUUCGUAUGACGACUAUCGGAAGAUGAGCGUUAUAUUGGAGGACGACAUCCUGCACGGACUGAUCUGUGGCCCUAUGAAGAAAGUGAUGGAGGAAAUAGGGUCGGAAGGUGGCCGUGAAGUUGACAUGAACAACCUCUACGAUUGGGGGGAAGAUGUAGGCUUUUCGCUAAUACCGGUAGGUCCGAAGGGUGGAGCGGUUGACCUGUACCCCGAGUCGUUCGAUGGGUGGGAGGGUAGCAAGAAGAUCCCCUCUUGGUACAUUCAGAAGCCAUGGGGCAUUUUCAAGUGGCUGUGGAAGCCGUAUCCGGUCAGAAUCACUCUGGAGCCUGGGGAAAUGGUCUGUUUCACCGGUGUAACACGCCACCGAGGGGUGUCAUAUCCCUUUCAAUGCCUUCGUUUUUUCAUGUCUUGGGUCGUGAAAGAUGCAGCGGUCAAAGCCGAGAAGGAAGGGGAGGGAGCCUCGACCAACAACUUGGAGUUGGAGGGCUUCCCUGAGACGAGAGCGAUACCGUUCGAACAGUGGAAGCAGAUGACGGCAUAG